AUGAAUCGCGGCGAGAAUUACACUCUAUCGAUCAACGAGAAUGGAGAAAAAGAGGCAAUGCGAGGAGGAUGGAGGGCAGCCCCACGCGCGACGUCUUCUAUACAUAGCUCAAGACGCGUUCGCAAGUAUGGUGACAUUGCUAGGCUCCUUCGGGCUCCACCAAUCGAGCACGAGAGAGGAGAGAUCGCAAGAGAGCACAAGCUUGAGGGCAAGGAUAGAGAGAGAAAGCGAGAAGAGAGGUCGGUGAUGCAAAUCGAUGGCGGCCUCCAGGCGGACCGAGUGACGCUGGAUCGGGAAGAUCGAUCAGGUGAGCAGGAGAUCGAGGAGGAAUUGGUGGAGGAGGAGGCGGCGAGGGAGCUGGCGGCCACGGAUUUCCUGAGCGCCGGGUGCCAGCACUCUACUUCCCGAUCGUCGGCCUCUGUAGCGUCAGAUCAGGAUCAGGCGGCCGAGGUGGCCACGCCCACGCCAGCGUCUACGGCCGCCACGCAAUCGAGCCCCUGCCGCCACUUCUCCUGCACCUUUUGCGACCGCAAAUUCUCAAGCUCCCAGGCGCUGGGCGGCCACCAAAAUGCGCACAAGCGCGAGAGGUCGGCGGCCCGCCGGGCUCUCCGCUGCCACACCAGCAACCUCGCCAGCUUCAACGGCUCCUGGUCGCGGUACCACCACCAGAACCACGGCGGUGGCGGUGCAAGAUUCUCCGGUGGCGCCGCUCCCUUCCGCGUCCAGUCCAUGGGACUCCAAGCCCACUCCACGACGCCAAUGGUGGCCAACACUAUGUGCGUCCCGCAGCCAGCGGCGGCGGCAGCCAGCUCCCAACAUCCGGGAGCUGCCGCGUGGUCGUCGCUGUCCCCAAGAGCAAACAUCGGGAAGUCCAGUUCCCUGCGACAGCCGGCGAUGACGUUUGCACGGCCCGCCGGCGCUGCCAGCUUCCGCACGGGUGAGUUCAUGCGUCGGUGUGUCGACGAGAACUUCCGGAAGUCCAAGCCGGUCAAUGGCUACAGCCAUGGUCAAGGCCAAAAUGGUGAUAGCCAGAAUGGUGGUGGUGGCGGUGGUAAUUAUGGUGGCGGCGGUGGUGGUGGCGGUGGCGGUGGCGGUGGCGGUAGCGCUGGUGGUGGCAUAGAUUUGUCGCUCCGGCUUGGAUUAUAACUUAUAAAAAUUGUGAAUUUACUAUGCUCAAAAUUGGCGA